AUGAAGAACCAUAAAGGUAAGCUAGUACUUUCUUCACCAAUAUAGACUACCUCUCCACCGUAAAACCUUUAUAUGAUUUAUGUCUUCUACUCCUUACAUGAUCUGUACAUAUAUUCCAUCUCUCUCUCUCUCUCUCAUCACACACAGUGAACACACACAUGGCUGAUGAACUUUCAGAUGCUUACACUGAAACCACUGAAGAAGAACAGGAAGACAAUGAAGAAGAAGAAGAACAAGAGUACAAUCAGGAAAGAAACAUUCAAAGCAUGUGCAGUCCACGUGGGCGAGCCACACUUGACCCUAGAGCCCCAUGGGUCCAUGAAUGGAACCGGGUCUUCCUUCUAGUGUGUGCUAUGGGUCUGUUUGUAGACCCACUCUUCUUCUACACACUCUCAAUAAGCGAGUCAUGCAUGUGUGUGUACGUGGAUGGGUGGUUAGCCAUCUUAGUGACGGUGCUCCGGUGCAUGACGGAUGUGUUUCACGUCUGUAACAUGUGGUUGCAUUUCAAGAUUAACAGGUGGUGGAGAUUUUCUGCAAAACAUCAACUCCGGUUGCGCACCGGUCAGACCACUAUACAGAACGUGGUGACCCGGCUCAUCACGAACCGGUUCGCUUUUGAUAUGUUCAUCAUCCUACCUAUUCCUCAGGUUGUGUUAUGGGUAGUGAUUCCGGCAUUGCUAGAAAAAGGUUCAUCAACAACAUUUGUGAUGACGGUUUUCUUGAUCAUGUUUCUCUUUCAAUUCCUUCCCAAGAUUUAUCACUUUGUCCGCCUCCUACGUCAAAUGCAAAGCGUCUCUGGCUACAUCUUUGGUACCGUUUGGUGGGGAAUUGCUCUCAACCUGAUCGCCUAUUUUGUCGCGUCUCAUGCUGUGGGAGCGUGUUGGUAUUUACUAGGAACCCAAAGGGCUGCAAAAUGCUUAAAGGAGAAGUGCAUGGAGACAAAUGGGUGCAAAUCGAAAAUGUUGACGUGCGAAGUGUUCAUGAAUUAUGGAACAAACGGUUUGGUUCGAGACCACAGGAGAUUGUCGUGGGGCGAGAACAGAAGCGUAAGGUCUACAUGCCUAGAAGACGAUGAUAGUUUUGGCUAUGGAGUUUACAAAUGGACGGUACAACUCGUUACCAAUGAAAAUCGGUUGGAGAAGAUACUAUUCCCCAUUUUUUGGGGACUUAUGACACUCAGUACAUUUGGGAACUUGGAGAGCACAACAGAUGGGUUGGAAGUAGUUUUCAUCAUCCUCGUUCUUACUACCGGGCUCCUUUUGGUCACCAUGUUGAUUGGAAAUAUCAAGGUGUUUUUGCAUGCAACAACAUCAAAGAAACAAGCAAUGCAGUUGAAAAUGAGAAACCUAGAGUGGUGGAUGAGUAGGAAACACCUUCCUCACAUUCUUCGACAAAGAGUUCGAAACCACGAGCGCCAAAGUUGGGCUGCGAUGCGUGGAGUAAAUGAGUCUGAGAUGAUCCGUGAUCUGCCUGAAUGCCUUCGUAGGGACAUCAAGUAUCAUCUUUGUUUGGACUUGGUUCGGCAGGUACCCUUGUUUCAACACAUGGACAGCUUGGUCCUUGAGAACAUAUGUGAUCGUGUUAAGCCUCUCAUAUUUACCAAAAAAGAAACAAUUACUAGAGAGGGAGAUCCGGUACAAAGAAUGUUAUUCAUAGUACGUGGACAUCUUCAAAGCAACCAAAUUUUACGAGACGGGGUGAAAAGUUGUUGCAUGUUAGGCCCAGGAAACUUCAUCGGAGACGAGCUUCUAUCAUGGUGUCUAAAGAGGCCUUUUGUCGAACGAUUGCCACCAUCAUCCUCGACAUUAGUCACUGUGGAGGCCACAGAAGCUUUUGGGCUAGAUGCUGAAGAUGUGAAAUAUGUUACCCAGCAUUUUAGAUACACAUUUGUUAAUGAAAAAGUGAAGAUGAGUGCAAGAUAUUACUCACCAGGAUGGAGGACUUGGGCAGCAGUUGCGAUUCAGUUGGCUUGGAGGAGGUGCAAACGUAGGCUCACACUCACUUCGUUGUCGUUUAUUAGGCCAAGGAGACCUUUGUCAAGGUGUUCUUCGCUUGGGGAAGAUAGGCUAAGGCUUUACACGGCUCUAUUGACUUCACCAAAGCCUAAUCAAGAUGAUUUUGACUUUUAAACAUUAUAACAUUAUAUAGAUAUGCAACAUGUAUGCAAUUGCAAAUUAGUAUUAUUCUAUAAUAUUAUUGGCAAUGUUUUAAUA